GUGCUCUCCACGACGUCCGCACUUCAUUGCUUAAAAAAUGUCUUAAAAACCAUAAAAUUAAAAUGUUAAAUUUUAUAAAAAAUGUUUAUAUUGAAAUUGAUGCAAGAACGAACGAUAAUUUUAAAUUUAAUUAAAAAAAAUCUAUCCAUUAUUCUUUUCUGCGAGCCUUUAAAUUGAUGUAAACAGUGCUGGUAACCAAGCUGUUGAGAUGCCAGGAGCAAAGAAGAAGUAUACAGGUAUCCAUGGAGCAGUUGAGGUUGGAGAUGUACUGGAACUGGAAGCUAUGGUGAAGAAUGGGGCCAGUAUCAAUGAAGUUGAAGAGAAAGAUAAAUUCACACCACUACACACUGCUGCUAAUUCUGGAGCACUUGAGUGUUUACAUUGGUUGCUAUGGCAUGGAGCCGAUGCUACAGUAGCAACAUCUAGAGGAUGGACACCAGCACAUAUAGCCGCUAUCAGAGGGCAGGAUGCUUGUAUGCAGGCAUUAGUAAAUAAUGGUGUAAGUAUGACAUCAAAAGACGUGAGAGGAAGUCAACCAGCACAUCUAGCAGCAGCACAUGGCAACUCAUUCACAUUAUGUACCAUUCUACGAGCUGGGGUUGAUGUGAAUGUGACAGAUAAGAAUGGUUGGACCCCAGUGCAUUGUGCUUCCUACCAUGGCCGUCUGGGAUGUCUACAGAUGUUGAUUAAGUGGGGCGCUGAAGUAGACCAUACAGAUAACUGUGGAAAUACCCCAGCACAUUUAGCAGGAUCAGAAGGACAGCUUCCUUGUCUCAAGUACCUAGUCAGUAUAGGGGUUACACCACUUCAUGUGUUAGGGGCCAGGAAUGAUCAAGGAGAGACACCAAAAGAUCUGGCACAACAGUUUUACAAAGAAAAUGUCAUUGAUUAUAUCAAUGGUUUAGAAUGGGAAAGAGAUCACCCAGAGGAGACUGAAAAUUUAGCAUUCCCAGCCCAUGUAGCAGCCUACAAUGGAGACUUAGGACAUCUACGCAUGCUGAUAGAAAAUGGUGUUGUAAACAUCAACGAGAGAGAUGACAAAGGUGCUACACCUGCACAUAAAGCUGCUGGACAGGGUCAUAUCCAUGUGUUACAAUGGUUAAUAGAGAUGGGUGCCAACAUGUCGAUAGCCAAUCAAGCUGGAGAACUUCCUCGUGACAUCGCCAGGAGAUUUGGACAGUUAGCUUGUGUCAAGAUUCUGGGGGGAGAACCUGAGGAAGAAUCAUCAACAGUAGCAGGAGAGGGGUCAGAAGAUGAGGAUGGUAACACUGAUUCUAAAGGUGUUAAUCUCACAGAAAAACAGAGGAAACAACAGAAAGUACGGGCAAAAGAAAAACUUGAGGAAUUAGACAGAUUAUUGGAAAUUGCCAAAAAGAACUACACACAAUUAGGAGGACGUUUGUCUGAAGACAGAAAACGUCUGCAAGAAAUAAGAGAUAAAGACAAGACUAUUAGUGAGUUAGAAGCACAAUUAGACUAUGAAAGAUUGAGAAGAGAGAAGUUAGAGGCACAACUAGAUCAGUACAGGAGAGAAAUAGCUGACUUGAAGUAUGAAGUACAGGCUAGAACAUAUGGUAGUGACCAGGAUUACCAGUCAAGUGAUGAAGAUGAAUAUGUCCAAAGGACCAGAAGAGUGAAGAAAGUUGUCAAAGCAAAGAAAACCAAUGAUGAUGGAGGGAUGUUUAUAAAGAGGAAUAUGACAGUACCAAGAAAAGGCAGUGGACGCAAACAAAGAAUCGUAUAAUAAAACAU